CAUUGAAGAUUCGGAUGGUCGACGCGCGAAUUAUUUUUUUACAACAUCUUUUUUGUUUCUUUCGGUUGGAUUCCUGGUUCAAAGAUGAGUUUGUGGGUUGAUAAAUACCGUCCAACUUCUCUCUCAAAAUUAGAUUAUCACAAAGAUCAAGCAGCUAAUUUAAAGAAAUUGGUUAACAGGGGGGAUUUCCCCCAUCUUCUGGUGUAUGGCCCAUCUGGAGCUGGAAAGAAGACUCGCAUUAUGUGUUUGUUGCGGGAAGUUUAUGGGGCAGGUGUAGAGAAGCUGCGUAUCGAACAUCAAACAUUUACGACACCAUCGAACAAGAAAAUUGAGAUCACAACUAUUGCCAGUAAUUAUCACAUAGAGGUUAAUCCCAGUGACGUUGGAAUACAAGAUAGAGUGGUUAUCCAGGAGCUUAUAAAAACAGUUGCUCAAACUCAGCAACUUGAAUCUUCAACUCAGAGAGAAUUUAAAGUGGUCAUCUUGACAGAAGUUGACAGACUGACAAAGGAUGCCCAGCAUGCUCUGCGCCGGACAAUGGAGAAGUACAUGUCAACCUGUCGUCUGAUCCUCUGUAGCAACUCCACAAGUAAGGUCAUCCCUGCCAUUCGCAGUCGAUGCCUAGGAGUACGCGUGGCAGCUCCUUCUCUGGAUGAGAUCACACAGAUCUUACAGACAAUUUGUAAAAAAGAGGGUUUGACAUUGCCAUCAGAGUUGGGUAGACGGAUUGCCGAGAAGUCCGGCAGAAAUCUACGCCGUGCAGUUCUCAUGUGUGAAGCAUGUAGAGUCCAACAGUAUCCAUUUAGUGCACAACAAGAGGUACAGGAGCCAGACUGGGAAAUUUUCUUAAGAGAAACCGCCAAUAAGAUUGUUCAAGAACAAAGUCCUAAGAUGCUAUUAGAGGUCAGAGGUCGUCUUUAUGAACUGCUAACCCACUGCAUCCCAGCGGAUAUUAUAAUGAAGGCUUUAUUGAAAGAACUGAUUCUUAACUGUGACGGCCAGCUAAAAUCCGAGAUCACCCAGAUUGCAGCAUUCUACGAACACAGGUUACAGAUGGGUAGUAAAGUAAUAUAUCACUUAGAAGCAUUCGUCGCAAAGUUCAUGAGUAUCUAUAAACGCUUCUUGGAGGAUGGUCUCGAAGCCAUGAUGAUGUAAAAGCCUGGUGUAGACUUAUCAAACUUUAUUUGACAAAAAACAUGUGGCAUGCCUAUAUAUGGUCAUGAUGACAUCAUAUCAUGACUGUAUAUGGGCAUACAACCAUUUUUUUGAGGAAGAAAAUUUGAUACUCUGUACAGAGUUUAAAAUAUGAAACUUAUGCCUCUUGAGUUGAAAUAAACCAUAGAAUUAUGUUGUAUAUUAGGCUAAUGCGUUCUUACAAUAUAUUAUACAGUAUUAUGGAAUUUUACCGGAAAUCCAUUUUUUUAUUGGCAUUCUGUCCAACUUAUUAGAGAGGUUUCACACGCAAGCAAAUACGUGUAUGCAUACGUUUAGCUAUCCGUAACGGUUUGUAGCCAUUCUGUGUUUUUAUGCAAUCACAGCGCAAUUCAAGCGUAGCCUAAGCUUAGGGCCUAGGCCUAUACAGUACUCUUUUAAUUUCUCUCAUCAUGCUUCUCAAAGUUUUAUUAGUAGGGUUUUUAGGAAGUUGAAAAUUGUAGCCGAAAAAUACUUCCUUUGUUGCCUAAAAGAGUUGGUUAUUCUGUGAUAGGCCCUAAUGUUUAUGACCCAAAUUGCCUGGCUACAAGGUAGACCUAGGCCUACACAAAAUCCUGACACAACCAAGUUUAAAACACCGACGUUUUGAUACCCCGAAAUGAGACGCAUCCUAUCGUAAUUUGCUGUCGUAAAAUUUCACAAAAAUGGCACGUACGCAGUUAAAGAUACAUUUACUUUUUACACGUAUGUAAAAUGUGAAAAAAAAAAAAACGAAGAUCCUACUAGAAAUAAAAAAAAUCCCUAGACUUUUUCACUUACGUGUAGUGAGCGAGGUAUACAUGUCGUCCACACAUUUAACAGAUAGCAGCCGGUGUAUGAUGUCAAAAUGAUGACGUAUUCGUCAAACUAACUGUACGCGUUCGCGUGCGAAACCUCCUUUAUGUACAUGCUUGAAUAAGCGCUGUACUCAAAUAAGCUCACGGUGCUUAAUCUAGAGUAUAUGUUAUUCUGUGUGUAAUGAAACACUUUGAGAAACAGGGUUUUAAAUACAUUGUAUACAAUGUUAAAAUUAAUAAAUAACACAAUGAAUACACAAGCAUUCCUUUAUUAACAUUUGUUUAUGUCGAUUAAGAGUUCCCCUAUUAAACAGAGAUUGCAGAUACGACCUACCGUCGAUCUACGAUAGCCUCUUGUCACAUGAUUAUAAUAACAUCAAAGGCCACGUGACAAUGAGUGAACCGCCACGGUACCGAAAGCUAAUGAAAUGCAUUAAUUCCAUUGACUAUGAAAGGAAACUAUUACAUUUAACAUGACAAGCCAUUAAAAAAAUAAUUACAAGGAAUAAAAACAAUAUCAAAGAUAAACUAGGCAAGACAGAAAGAAAACAUACAAAAAAAUAAGAAUCUAUUACUAGAGGUAGUAUUAGUAUCCUGGCUUUAACGGCCGCCUAUACAAAAAGAAAAAAAAAA